AAAAAUCUUCUUUUACAGAAGAAUUUUUCUUAGAAUCAAUCAACGCGGAGUACAAUAGGAGAAAGUUAUAGACAAGUUUUAUAUAUGGAUGUUUCAUUCCAUUUGUCACUGAAACAUUAAAUAGCCAACAUCAUCGUUGCAAUAUAAUCCGGUGACUUACCACCUUUCUUAGUGUGAAAUAAAUUGAAACUUUCGUGUUCCAUUCACCAAACGGUUGUGAACGAGUGAAAAUGUUCUUUGCAGCGUUCGUUGGUUUAUUUCUAUUCGAAGUUUUCGGAGAUGCUAAUUCAGAUACCAUUCCACCUUACGUUAAACAAUGUCACGAAGGGGAUCCAAAAAUUAUAACAUGUUUUAUUAACUCUUUACAUCAUUUACAACCGUAUUUAGCGAGUGGCAUUAAAGAAAUUGAAUUACCAUCGGUGGAACCUUUUAGAAUGGAGGAAUUAUCGUUGUCUUUAACAACUGGGCCUAAUGGAUAUAAAGUUACUUUAAGCGAUAUUGAUAUCUACGGAGCUAGUAAUUUUACGGUUAAAACUUUAAAAUUGAGUGAAAAUGGAAAACCUUUCCACGCCGAAGUUUUCCUUCCAGAAUUAAGAAUAAACUCACAAUAUGCGAGCAGUGGGGUUUUAUUAAUUCUCCCAGCAAGUGGAAAAGGAACUUUUCAUGGAAGAUUUAAGGAUGUAAAAGCCCAAGUUAGCGGCACAAUUAGUCAAAAUUUUAAAGAAAACAAAAAAUAUCUUCACGUUGAUAAAUUAAAUUUCGAUAUGGAAGUUGGUAACAUCAAUAUGAGUGUAAAAAACGUGUUUAGAAAUAGCCGCAUUUUAGUUGAAGCAAUGAAUUUGUUCUUAAGAGAAAACGGCCAAGAAGUUCUUCAUUUAAUGACACCGCAACUAAGAAGUAAAUUAUCGUCACUGUUCCAAGGAAUAGCGAACCAAUUGUUAACUCAUAUUCCUUUGGACGUUUUUUAUGUACCUAAAACAACUCAAUCCUAAAAGAUAUCGAAAAAUUGCAAUCACUUUACUAUAUUUAU